AUGUUGAGUUUUCGAACCACUGGGGUGGGAGCCAGUGGUCUAGGGGAGUACUCCUUCUCAUUGGACCUCUUCAGUUCUGUUGACGGUGAGACCUCUAGUUUCACUGUCUCCGACACGUCUGUGAAUGUAGUUUUAAUGAAGUGCGAGACAGGUGUGUGGCCAAGACUGACUGAAUCCUCCACUCAACGUCUACCCUGGCUUAGGACGGACUUUGAUAGACUCUCUCCGUCUGUGCUGAAGGCAAUGUUAGCCGUUGGUGGAAAUGCUGACGAUGAUGAUGAUGAUGCAGACGAGAGUAGUGAUGGAGAAUGGAAACCUCGCGCAAAUGUGAACUUCAUUCGACCGUCACCUGAAGAGAUUCUGCUUGCUAACAAUCUCGAUAGUUCGAUUACCCCAGCCACAACGUCCAACUCAGCAUGUAUUUCCAACUCAUGGCGUCCAACUAGAGCAUCAAACUUCACUCGAUAUCAUACCUGCAAUUUUUCCGCCACAAAAAAUGGUUAUGUGGAAGUUAAGAGGUCACUUGAGGUCAAGCCAUAA